AUGAAGCGGUCUGCUGCGCCUGCUAGUACGGCCAAACGCCGGCGCUGUUCUCCGGUGGUGCAGUGGAAUCCCCAAGGAGCGGGGGCACUAAGGGCGUCCUCCCGGUCGUGGCAGCAGUGGCUGCAACAUCUGCCGCCACCCGCCGGCGUGAUCGUGUGCCAGUGCCUGGCGGGGAGAACACAUGCACUCCUCCAGCUGCCUGAUGCUGCCUUCCUGAGUGGCGUCUUGGAGUUCUCCACGGUCCCCGCUUGGGGCCAGUAUCGCUCGCUAUGGCAGGCCGAAGGGCCGUGGAACCAACGUCGUGGUCGUUCAAAGCUACCGCAGCAGCUGCUGGACAUCGAAGAAGUGGUGCAAGACCUGGAUGUGGCGCGGCGCCUCGCAAGGACGUGCGAUCCCUUGCGUCCCUUUCUGAAGCGCACGGCAUCGUCAUUGCAGGCCUUCAUGAAGAAACGCUGCAGAGAGGUGGAGCGUGAGGUAGCCGAGCGCCGGCAACGCGAAGUACUGGAGGUCCGAGAUCUGCAUCAACACCCCCUCCGCGACCUGCUGGACCGCGUGGUGCCCUACUCGGUCAGCGAAGGGGAAAGGAACGGCUAUCUGAUGGUGGACGAAGCCAUUUUGCGGAAUCUCGGCUACCGUCGCGUACGCCGCCUGGCGAAGGCAGGGUUUGGGUUCCGCGUAGCGAGCCUUGCGCAGAUCAGCAAUCUCCGGGAAGCCACCAAAUUCAGCAAGCCACGCUGGAAGCGGCAGCUGGAGACAGGAACACUGCGGGCAGCAGUGACCGUGCAAGUCGCGGACAACAUGAGACUGCGGCUGGUGUGGCAGGGCCCGGUGCGCCGCGCCUUCUUGUUUUUUGCGUUUCACAAAGACGUCUGUUGA